AUGACGCAGCCACUGGUGGUUGGGCACGUUCUGCGCUCUCACCGAGGGGCCAUCCCGAGCCAGGCGCUACUGAACGAGGGUCUCUGUAAGGGUGACUGCAGGACAUCUCUGUUACCUGGCACCCUUGGCAUCGUGGCCGGGCCCUGCACCCCAGGUGGGCACCACAGGCUGGUCUCUCACUGCUGGAACCAACCAGGUGUGAGUACAGAAUCUGCCGGGGCGUCUCCCUGCGCUGAGAGAGUCCGGAGCCCUCAGAGACCUGGCAGCCGCCCCAGGGAUUCACCAUCCCAGGGUUUGUUACCAGCCCAGGAUGUGUCACAUGCUGCCCAUCUGGCUCGUCCCCUUGGCUGCUUCCUGCUGCAAGGGUCAGAGGUCCGAGUGCACCAGCCACCGGAGGUGAGGGCCUCACUGGGGGGCUCUGUGCUCCUGAACUGCAGCUUCUCCGCCACCCCAAAGGCCUCCAAGCUGGCGGUGACCUGGGUGCGGAGCACAACCGGUGGCAGUGGGGAGGUGCAGAUCUACCAGCCACCCAGCCAGGUCACCGAGCUGCGCAACCGCGUUGCCCUGGACUCAAGGUGCUUUCGGCACCAGCGGGACGCGUCCCUGCACCUGGUCAACCUCACCCAGCACGACGCCGGGCUCUACUGCUGCUUCAUCUGGACCUCAGCCACCAGCAGCCACGCUGGGAACGGGACCGAACUCAGCGUCCUGGGGGAGGGACCAGGAUCCGGGGUGCAGCACUGGGCAGCCUGUGGUCCCCUGGGAGUCCUGGUACCCAUCCUGCUGGUCCUGCAUGCCAUGGUGUGCUGGGAGUGCCAGGGCUUGUGCCACUGUCGGAGGUCCAUGAGGUCUGGUGCCCAGGGACGAGAUGUGGCUGGGGACCCGGCCUCACAGCCAACCCUUAGGCUGGCAGGGAAGGACGGAGCCCCCCGAUCCCUCUGAUGGCUGGUUGGCUGCAGGGAACCAUCGCCUCCGCUCCAGGGUCCUCUUGUCCCCAGUCCCCUCCCUUGUUCCCGCGCAGAGUUGGCUGGGGGACAGCAGCAGCUGGGGUGGGAACCCUCAGGGAGCCCCCCUGGCAACCUGCGCCCUGGAAAGGAGAGGAGGUGCCCGAUGUGAAGCGGCUGUGAGAAGAGGGUCACAGGACGUGCGGAGGCUCUUUGGGAACCCAGGGGGCUCAGCAGCUCCCGCUCCCCCAGGAGGGCACCAUCUGGGCUAUAUUGAGUAGAUGGUGCACAGGAUCCAUGUGGGCGAUGCCAUCCCCACCACAGAGACACAGCCCCACCGCAUGGUGCAGGGCCUGCAACCAGCAACUCUCGUCCCCACAAGCCACAGCCCCAGAGCGCAGCCUGGCCUCCCCGCGUGGUCUGCAGCCUGCAGCUGAGCCUGUCUCUGCUGGGGGAAGUGACACAGGAGCCACAUCUGCUCGCAGGGCCGGGAACAGCCCCAGGCUGCUCUGAGCAGGCCCAGCGCAGGGCUGAAAUAGCAGCCGAGGGGCACUGCUGAGCUCUGCUCUGCCUCUGCUGCCGGGGGACACAGCACGCCCCGGCUGCAGCUCCAGCGCUGCGGGACGGACCGGGGGUCUUUGCACCCUGUGCAGGCCUGGAUUUCCAGUUAGGCCCCUGCCUGGGGCACUGGCAGAGGUUGCCAAGUAUGUGCUUUGCUAGCCCAGCGGGG